AUGAACAGCAUAAAAGAAGCUAUAUCAGCUAUCUUCAUAGGUAUAGUGGUCGCCGAGUUCCUUCGCAAAACUGGUCGCGUGUUGCAAGCCAUCGAGGUUUACAAGGAAUGUUUGAUUAUAUUACACAGUCAGGCGAAGGCUAUCGAUCGUUCAUUGGCAAACUUUACGUUCCGAGCCAUCUACAAGGGAAUAAUCAGUGCUUACGUUUAUGUAAAGGAUUACAUAAGUGCAGAAAAAUACCUGAGGGAACUCCUCCUAUACCUGGAUUCUAAUGACACCACUGGAAAAGGAUGGCUACAUUUAAACCUGGCAGAAAUACUUCAGGUACAAAGUAAAUUAAUGGAGGCCUGGAAAUUUUACGAAUCAGCAAUCAACAUCAUGAAAACGAUGGGAAACAUACAUGGCCAGGCACUGUGUUACGCAAAGCUCGGAAAAAUGUUCCAAUCGCAUGGUCAAUACGAUAAAGCCCGAGAAUAUCAAGAGAAAGCACUCGAUAUCACAAAAGAAAUUGGUGACAGGUAUGGAGAAGCAACAAGCUACGGAAACCUAGGAACUUUGUUCCAAUCACUCGGUCAAUAUGACAAGGCCCGAGAAUAUCAAGAGAAAGCACUCGCUAUCACAAUAGAAAUUGGUGACAGGGAUGGAGAAGCAACAAGCUACGGAAACCUAGGAACUUUGUUCCAAUCACUCGGUCAAUAUGACAAGGCCCGAGAAUAUCAAGAGAAAGCACUCGCUAUCAAAAUAGAAAUUGGUGACAGGGAUGGAGAAGCAACAAGCUACGGAAACCUAGGAACUUUGUUCCAAUCACUCGGUCAAUAUGACAAGGCCCGAGAAUAUCAAGAGAAAGCACUCGCUAUCAAAAUAGAAAUUGGUGACAGGGAUGGAGAAGCAACAAGCUACGGAAACCUAGGAACUUUGUUCCAAUCACUCGGUCAAUAUGACAAGGCCCGAGAAUAUCACGAGAAAGCACUCGCUAUCAAAAUAGAAAUUGGUGCACUCGCUAUCAGAAUAGAAAUUGGUGACAGGGAUGGAGAAGCAACAAGCUACGGAAACCUAGGAACUUUGUUCCAAUCACUCGGUCAAUAUGACAAGGCCCGAGAAUAUCAAGAGAAAGCACUCGCUAUCAGAAUAGAAAUUGGUGACAGAGAUGGAGAAGCAACAAGCUACGGAAACCUAGGAACUUUGUUCGAAUCACUCGGUCAAUAUGACAAGGCCCGAGAAUAUCAAGAGAAAGCACUCGCUAUCACAAUAGAAAUUGGUGACAGGGAUGGAGAAGCAACAAGCUAUAGAAACCUUACAUCAACGUUUCUCUUACUCGGCUUGUAUGCAAAGGCUGACGACUAUCUAAAGAAGGCAAUGGAAGUUAGAAAGGGUAUCGAUGAUAGAAUUGGAGAAGCAGUAGACUACAUACACCUUGGUUCAAUUUCUCUUAAGCGUGGUGAAUAUGACAAGGCUCAAGAAUAUUGCGAGAAAGCCCUUACAAUUUGUAUGGACAUCGGUGAUAGAGAAAAAAUAGUAGUCAGCUACCAGAAGUUAGGAUUGUGUUACCAAUCUCUUGGUAAAAAUGACAUAGCCGAAGAAUACGUUAAGCAAGCUCUACUAUUAAGUAGGGAUAUUGGACACAUUUUGAACGAGUUUUGCUGCCUUUGUGAUCUAUCGGUGUUAAUGAUGUCAAAAGGUCAUCUUGAGGAAGCUUCUUCGUAUCUUUUUCAAGUCAUUCAAAAGUUCGAAACUUUGAGAGGUUUUCUUAAAGAAAACGAUGAGUUGCAAAUAUCUCUUUUAGAAGAGUACGGCACCUUUCCCUACAAGUUGUUAAGUGGGUUGCUUUCUUCCAUCGGAGAGCCUGAACGUGCCCUUUACGUCGAGGAGCUGAGAAGGGCAAGAGGCCUGGCCGACUUGAUGACAGCUCGGUACUCUGUUCAAGAGCAGAUCUCAAGCGAUCCACAGUCUUGGUGUGGCAUUCAAGGGAUCAUCAGAAAAGAAGCAGACUGUGCAUGCCUGUACAUUUCGGUUGGUGGAGAUGAGGUGCGGUUUUGGAUAAUAAAAGCAACGGGAGCUAUUCUUUUUUCAGAAAAGAAAGUGAACCUGGACCCCAACAAGGUGACCGGAAUAGUCCCUGAGGUAGAUGAGUUUUUUAAAGAACUGAUGUCACUUCACUACGACAACCGCUCAGUGCUGCGUGACUACGACACCGAAGAUUUCAAAACAAGUCUUGACUUGUGUUACAAGAUAAUCAUUGCUCCCGUGGCCAGUUUACUGAAGCAGCCCGAGAUCAUAAUUGUCCCUGAUUCCUGUGUGUACCAAGUGCCAUUUGCAGCCUUGGCUGACGAAGGAGGCAAGUAUUUAUCAGAGACAUGCAGGAUUCGGUUGGUUCCCUCUCUCACGACUCUAAAGCUUGUUCAAGACAGUCCUCCAGACUAUCACAGUCAGACCGGGGCACUGGUAGUGGGUGACCCUGUGGUUGGAAAGGUGAUUUACAAGGGAAGGUGCAGAAAUAUGAUACCAUUGCCGUGUGCAAGAAAGGAAGCAGAGAUGAUUGGAACACUUCUUGGCGUAAGGCCUUUGAUAGGAGAGUCCGCUACAAAGCAUUCUGUACUCCAAGCGAUAAAUUCAGUGAGCCUGAUACACAUUGCUGCGCAUGGAGAUCCCGAAAGAGGGGAGAUUGCUCUUUCUCCUAAGCACCCUACCCAACUCCCACCUUUUCCUCGAGAAGAAGAGUAUCUUUUGACGAUGGCAGAUAUUUCAAAAACUCAGUUGCGAGCUAAACUGGUGGUGCUUAGUUGUUGUCACAGUGCUCGUGGACAGAUUAGAACCGAGGGAGUUAUUGGAAUUGCCCGAGCGUUCUUGGGAUCCGGAGCUCGUUCAGUGUUAGCGGCACGAUGGAGGCUGGAUGACAUAGCCACAGAGCAGUUCAUGACUUGUUUCUACAAACAUUUGUUCCGCGGUGAAAGCGCCAGUGAGUCUCUCCACAAGGCCAGGAAGUGGAUGAGAAAUAACGGCUUUGACAAAGUUUCUCAAUGGGCGCCAUUUAUGAUCAUGGGCGACAACGUGACAUUUGAUUUUGGAAAUUGGCCGGUGCCUAACGCACCUUAA